CCAUGCCUUCUGCCCCUUCCCCCUCCCUCACCCACCCUCCGAAUCGCCCGGCCUGCGGGUCGCGGGGCGCCGCCUCGCCCUGGGCGCGGGCGAAGGAGCGGUGACCCCGCCGAGCGCACCCCGCGGGGCCCCGGGGGGCCUUCCCAGCCGGGUCUCUGAAGCGGUGAAAGGAGACGCUGCCUCGAUUUGGUUUCACAUUAAAAGGACGCUCACAGUAGUGGCGAGAAAAUCAACUGUUUCGGGCAUUCGACCCUCUGAAGAGACAGGCGUGGGUGGCGCCUGCUGGUUAAAGGGCCACCCUGGGUGCCAGGAAGGGGGUCGGUUGGGUAGCGGUGGGUGACUGGGGACAGAGCCCCACUGGAGGGCCGCCCUGCCUCCCCUGAGCCAGGGACCGAGUUAGCAACGUCAGAAACAGUGGGUGUUGGUUUGGAUCAACUCUAAGACGGGGAAACCUGCGAUUCUGUUAGAUGGCCUCUCAGAACAGCCCGUGCCCCUCGGGAGCGGGGCAGCACUUAGGUAACUGAGUCACCCGCCCUGCCUUCCAGGGCGCACCCCAUGGAGGACCUGUCAGUGAGACGGAAAAGUAAACGGGGUGAAUAACGGUGCUCUUUCUCGGUGGCUUUCAUGCCAAGAAGCUAAGGGGGAAGGUGUGCGUUUUCAAAGCCUUUCUGCUGAAAACAUGUGCUGCCAUGAGCCUGGCGCCGGGCUGCUGAGCGGUGCUGUGCUCUGGAGGACAGUUUUGCAGCCCCUGGAGCGGCCUGUGCGGAGGGGGAGGCAGUGAGAUACUGCUCCCAGCAAACCUAACUAAAGGACCAUAUGCUGAGAUUUUACAGCACGGAAAGUUAAGAGAAAGGCAGUGUAGAAGGGAGACGACACAUCAGUCUGUGCAUAGCAGUGCUUCGAAACAAAGUCCUUAAAAGGAAGAAAUGUCUUCUAUAAAAAGAAAUCCAAAGCAAGAAAUAGUUUCUCAAUUUCACUAUUCAGCUGCAGAAGGAGAUAUUGCCAGAUUAACAGUAAUACUCAGUCGUUCUCCAUCUCUACUCAAUGAAACUUCUGAAAAUGGCUGGACUGCUUUAAUGUAUGCUGCAAGGAAUGGGCACCCAGAUGUUGUCCAAUUUCUACUUGAGAAAGGGUGUGACAGAUCCAUUGUCAACAAAUCAAGGCAGACUGCACUGGAUAUUGCUAACUUUUGGGGUUACAAGCAUAUAGCUAACUUACUAGCUAAUAAUAAAGGUGGGAAGAAGCCUUGGUUCCUAACCAAUGAAGUAGAAGAAUGUGAAAAUUAUUUUGGCAAAACACUGUUGGACCGGAAAAGUGAAAAAAGAAGUAAUUCUGACUGGCUACUAGCUAAAGAAAGCCAUCCAGCCACAGUUUAUAUACUUUUCUCAGAUUUAAAUCCCUUGGUUACUCUGGGUGGCAAUAAAGAAAGUUCCCAACAGCCAGAAGUCAGGCUUUGUCAGCUGAACUACACAGAUAUAAAGGAUUAUUUGGCUCAGCCUGAAAAGAUCACCUUGAUUUUCCUUGGAGUAGAACUUGAAAUGAAAAAAGAGUUACUUAAUUAUACUGGGGAAGUCCCAAGAGAAGAAGAUGGGUUGGUUGCCUGGUUUGCUCUAGGCAUAGAUACUGUUGCUGCUGAAGAAUUUAAGCAAAGACAUGAAAAUUGUUAUUUUCUUCAUCCUCCAAUGCCAGCUCUUCUGCAAUUGAAAGAAAAUGAAGCUGGAGUUGUAGCUCAAGCAAGAUCCGUCCUUGCCUGGCACAGUAGAUAUAAGUUCUGCCCAACCUGUGGAAGUGCAACGAAAAUUGAAGAAGGUGGAUAUAAAAGAGUAUGCUUAAAAGAAGGCUGCCCUAGCCUCCAUGGCGUUCACAAUACAUCAUAUCCAAGAGUUGAUCCAGUAGUAAUCAUGCAAGUUAUUCAUCCAGAUGGGACCAAAUGUCUUUUAGGCAGGCAGAAAAGAUUUCCUCCAGGCAUGUUUACUUGCCUUGCUGGAUUUAUUGAACCUGGGGAGACAAUAGAAGAUGCUGUUCGGAGAGAAGUAGAAGAGGAAAGUGGUGUCAAAGUUGGCCAUGUUCAGUAUGUCUCUUGUCAACCAUGGCCAAUGCCCUCUUCCUUAAUGAUUGGUUGCUUAGCUGUGGCAGUGUCUACAGAAAUUAAAGUUGACAAGAAUGAAAUAGAGGAUGCCCGCUGGUUCACUAGAGAACAGGUUGUGGAUGUUCUGACCAAAGGGAAGCAGCAGGCAUUCUUUGUGCCACCAAGCCGAGCGAUUGCACAUCAGUUAAUCAAACACUGGAUUGGAAUGAACCCCAAUCUCUAAAUCAAUAACUAGACUUUGAGUACUACUUGAUUUCUAAUACUACUUAUUUCAUCAUAUGAUAUUAGAAAUGUUCACUGCUCUUUAGAAUGUCACAAUACAAAAUAUCAUACUGGGUGUCUAAAAUAUUUUCAAAGUGUACUUUUCAUCUUAACCACAGAAUUCUUAACUUUAUAAAUUAUAACAUUGCCUCAGAUUUUGUUAAAUCUGGAUCAUCCUUCUGUAAAGAGUUUUUUGGGGGUUUUUUUGGUUGUGCUCCAUAAUUUUAUCUCACAAAACCAUAUUUCUAAUAAGAGAAACCAUGUUGUAAAGAACUAUGUUCUAAAAAUGUAAGUAACCUAAACUCUUGUAAGCAUUAGACCAGACAUUAAAGACCCAACACUGAAAUUAAACAUAUUCUAAAGGAAUUCUCAAAUAUCAGAUUUAAAUCUCAAAUAGAUGUACAUCUAUAUAUAUAUAUAAAACACUAAUAUGCAAGUAGACAAAUGGUGGAAUAACCGGACAAUCGGUCACUGUGAAGUGAGCUGACCACCAGGGGGUGCGCGUGGAACAUGGCGGGCAUUGGCAGCAGGCGGCAGAGCGCAGAACAUGGCAGUUGUUGACCACAAUGGGAUGGUGGAGCAGGUGAGCCAGACCAGGGUGGGGUGCCAGCUGCUGUCAUUGGGGCGAGCCUCUGGUGGUUACUGAAAAUUCUUUGUUCCCACACACUGCCCUGAUCACUCAGUGCCAUCAGCGGGUGCAAGUGGCAGCUGCCAGCCCCAAUCACCCUUCAGGGCUUCUCCACCUCCCCCUGCUCCUGAGGGGCAAGCGGAGCCGGCAGCCGCCUCUCACACCUACUACCGGCACCAGAGCCACCACUUGCACCCACUGCUGACACCCAGCACCAGUACUGAUUGCUCGGCACCAUCAAAGGGUGUGAGCUGCGGCUCCUGGCCCCGAUCACUCCUGAGGGCUUCUCCACCUCCCCCUACUCCUGAGGGGUGAUCAGGACAGCAGCUGCCACUCACACCAGCUGAUGGCACCAGACCCACUGUCAGCUGCUGGUGCCGGCCCCAGUCACUCCCCACUGUCAGCGGGUGCGAGCGGGACCGGCACCUUCAGUGCAUGGGAGCAGCAGUGGCAGGAGCAGGGCUGCCAGCAGAUGGGACCAGAGGCCACAGUGGGAGGUGCCGGGUGGAGGCAUGGAGGAUGGGGCAAGACCUGCCCCUGUGCCCACAGCAGCCUCACGGCCCACAGUUCCUUUCAACGUCCACAAAUUCAUGCACUAGGCCCCUAGUAUUUAAUAAAAACUGACUUUAUGUCUUAUCUUUGAGAAAUUAGACUAAUUUUAAUGAGUUUUGAGCUUGCUUUUUUAAUCUUCCCAUUACCAUAACGUUUCUUUCAGUUAUCAAUAGCUGAUUUUUUUUCUCAUCUUCCCAUUGUAAUAAAUGGUUUUCUCCUGGUUCCAUUGUUCUAGCAGUGGUACAGUUACAGUGCUGCUACUAGUCUAUUUCGUCAGUGUUAAGAAUUUUCUAUUUUGAUAACUCUACUAGUGAUCAGAAUAAGUGAGAGCAUACUAUUUUAUCUGGGACCUCCUCCUUAAACCUAAAAUUAAUCUAUCAAUUAAUCUGUUAGUUCUACUCAAAGUCUUAAGACAAAUCGGGACUCUGUGCUUUUUCACUGAAAUUAAACAUAUUUGAAAGGAAUGUUCCUUUAAAGGUCAGAUAGCUUUGCAUAUUUUUAAAAAACACUGGCUUUAUGGCAUUUUCUGAUACGGGUUGUAUCUGCAUUAACAAAAAAUUGUAUAACCAUUACUCAUUUUAUUAAACUCAAAUAUAACAUUUUUAUUUUGGCCUUAAAUCAUCACAUUCUAAGAAAUCUUUGUAAAAUAAAUAUAUCUUAGAAAUGAAUCAGUAAGAUUCUAGAGAAAGUAAAUUGUAGUAAUUCACAAUUUCGCAAUAUAGAACUAUAUUUUACAAGGCUGUUUUGAAAUUGUCUUAAAAGCAAAUGCUUAAAUAUAUAAAUUUAUAUAAUUUGGCUCUAUACUAUAGUAUGUUAACGCUGGAAGAGAGUUUAAGGAUAAUAUAUAUAGUCCAUUGCCCUUCUUUUAUGGAUAAGGUAAGAGAAAUCCUAAAAAGUGAAUUUAAUUCAUUAAAGGUGAAUUUAAAUAACUUUAAUACAAUUAAUUGUAAUUACAAUUAAGUAACUUAAUUACAACAGUCUAUACUGUGUAAUCUAGUGCAGGAUUCUCCCUCUAAUAGGAAGUAGAAACUAUUACUAAAAGUAAUUGCUUGAUGAAUCAAAAUAACAGAUGAUAAUAAAUUUAGUUUACCAAAUAUUGUUAAUUAACAUUUUUAGAUACUAAAAUUUAUUAACUUAAAUAAUUUUAUUAGAUAAAACUUUAUUUUACUGAUUAAACAAUGGUUUUCUUAGUAAUUGAUGAAGACUUAUUGAUAGCAGGACUUUAGACAAAAUUAAGACACAGGACAUUUAGAUACAUAAUAAAAUCUGAACUACAUUGAUACUUAGAAAAUAACUUGCCUUAAUUAUUAUGAAGUAUAAUGACUUAAGGUUCAGUUUUAUUUCAAGUGUACUUUUAAUACAUACAGAUCCCAAGAUUACAUAAAAAAUUUCAGGUUUCCAUAAUAGGAUAGCAAAGUAAAAUACAAAGUUAUCAACAAAAUGUAGUUAUAAAUUUACUUUUGAUAUUUAAUCCUGUACUCAGGGAAAAUCAGUAUCUAAGUAAAUUAUUGUUUUAAUAAUUAUUCUUAAAUUGCUAACCUCUGAGAGGUGAAUAGCUACAUUAAGUAGAAGGAAUAGCCAAAAAAUGGUAGCAGUUCAAGUGCCAAGAAUGUAUUGUACUGGAAAUGAAUGUAACAAUACAUUAAAAUUUUUAUCUACUUUC